AUGACCCAUUCACUUUUUCUACGCUUUUUCGUCUCCAUGAUAUUUCUCAGGUCCGCUCGCCCAGCCUUUCGGACACUAUUGCACGGCGGGCACAGAUACUCCAAUCUCUUCUCUGCUCGGUACAGCAUAGCAUCUACAAUGGCAGACGCUGCCCCUGGACAUAGUCUCGGCGAGAAAAGACAAGCCUCGGAAACUCCGCUAAGGAGUGAGGAAAAGUCACGAGGAAGCUUCCGGUUCAAGAACAACAAAAGGAUGAAAAACGGCCAUGCGGAAAAAAGCCAAAUAUUGAAAACCAAUGGAAGCAAUGAGGAAGUCCUGCUCGAAGACGUCAAGGAUCUGCUCAAACGGCUAAGCUUGGAAACUAAAGAGAACUCGAACCUCCCUGAGCUUCGAUCGGAGAUCAAAGUCGACAUCAAGGAAAUAUCCUCGACAGGCGAUGGCCUCGGUGUACAGCAGGACUCGGACUCAGACCAGGUCUACGUUAUUCCUUUCACGGCACCUGGAGAUACGGUGACCGCCAAAAUCUUCAAACACUUCACCAAAGAGAAAUAUUCCAUGGCCGACCUGGUCGCAGUGCAGACUCCUUCCCAACACCGAGAUGACUCCCUUGUUAACUGCCCCUACUUCUCCACUUGUUCAGGUUGCCAAUUCCAAAUGUUACCUUACGAGUACCAGCUUCAACACAAGAAGUCCAUCGUCGCGAAGGCUUACAAGAAUUUCUCCAAUCUUCCACCAGAGCUCAUUCCCACUAUAGGAGAUACGAUCGGAAGCCCUCUUCAGUACGGGUACAGGACUAAAUUGACACCGCACUUUGAUGGACCACCAGACGCCAGGAGGAGCGACGGCCGAAAUGGAAUUAGAAGAAAGUUUAAUGAGGUACCACCGAUUGGCUUCAUGAAGAAGGGUACGCGUAUCACUAUUGACAUUGAAGAUUGUCCGAUUGGAACGGAUGCUGUCCGCAAGGGUAAUAAGCGCGAAAGAAAACGUGUCGUAGACAACCUUUCCAACUACCACAAGGGUGCAACGUUACUCUUGCGUGAGAGCACGCAACGGAUACCGAAGUCAGACUUCGAUGUAUCAAAAGAGGACGACGACGACGCGGUCAUCGAAGAUCGAGGCGACUUCAUCCAUAAGAAGACGUGCGUAACAGAUCCCAAUGCCAAAACCACCGAAUACAUUGACGAUUUCCAAUUUGUCAACCCGGCUGGAUCAUUUUUCCAGAAUAACAACUCCAUCCUCCCUGUUUUCACUCAAUACAUUCGCGAAAAUAUACUGCCACCCCAGUCCUCAGGACACCAGAUUACGCAUUUAAUCGAUGCUUACUCUGGAUCCGGACUGUUCACCAUCACUCUGUCAGCACUAUUUCAAUCGAGCCUGGGAAUCGACAUAUCCUCUUCCUCCAUAACCUCUGCGACCACCAAUGCUACUCUCAAUAAUCUACCGCCUUCAUCUGCACGGUUCAUAGCUGCAGAUGCCGCGGCACUCUUCGCAUCCAUCGAAACCCCGGCUUCGGAGACGGUCGUCAUGAUCGAUCCCCCAAGGAAAGGAUGCGAUGAAAGUUUCUUGAGACAACUCGUCGAAUAUGGGCCAGCGCGGGUCGUUUACGUGAGCUGCAAUGUGCAUUCUCAGGCUAGAGAUAUUGGUGUGUUGGUUGGGGGCAUGAUGGGUGUGGAUGGUGGGCUGGGAAAAGGAGAAGGGUGUUAUGAAAUUGAAAGCAUUAGGGGGUUUGACUUCUUCCCCCAAACGGGACACGUGGAAGGGGUUGCUGUGCUUAGGAGGAAAGCUGGCGAGGAAAAGGUUGGAGGGGAUGUUGAGAAAACAGAGUGA